AACACAUAUAUAUACACAAGCCAUCAAAAUGCCCCGCGGAGCCGAAUACGACAACGGAGUCAUCCAGUCCGACAACGCCAUUGAGGCCGGCGAGACUAAGGUUCAUGGAACGAACCCUGACAACGACCACCUCAACCGCGUCCAGCGCACCGCUCCUCUCCCCGAGGCCGCCCAGAGCAGCGGCGGCGAGUACAGCAUCGGCGGCAGCUCAGGUCCGAACAAGUCCGGUAGUGGAAAGGGCGGCCACGAGCCCAAGACAUUGGGCGAUAAGAAGGGAUUGGGGGCUCACCAGGCAUAA